UCCCCGGCUUGCCCUGCCCAUGUUUUGUAUGUCUCUGUCCAUCCAGGCUCCUGACGUUCAAGUUCGCAGGGACGUCACGUCCGCACUUGAACUUGCAGCUCAGGGGGGCUUUUGCCAUUUUUUUCAUCUCUCUCUCUCUCUCCUUCUCUCUCUCCCUCUCUCUCCCUCUCUCUCCCUCUUUUUUUUCCUUGCACAAAAAAAAAAAAAAAAAAAAAAAAAAAGCCAUGACUGCUAUCCCACAAUUCAUCUUCCCUGCGCCAUCUUUGUAUUAUUUCUAAUUUAUUUUGGAUGUCAAAAGACAUUGAUGAAGAUAUUUUCUCUGGAGUCUCCUUCCUCUCUAACCCGUCUCUCCCGAUGUGAACCGAGCGACUCACAAGCCACCGAAGCCACCAACCCACCAUGUCGCGCCGCAAGCAAGGCAAACCCCAGCACUUAAGCAAACGGGAAUUUUCACCCGAACCUCUUGAAGCCAUUCUCACUGAUGACGAACCUGAACAUGGCACAUUGGGAGCUCCGGAAGGGGACCACGACCUCCUCACUUGUGGCCAGUGUCAGAUGAACUUCCCGUUGGGGGACAUUCUUAUUUUUAUUGAGCACAAACGGAAACAAUGCAAUGGCAGUCUCUGCUUAGAGAAGGCUGUGGAUAAGCCACCUUCACCCUCACCAAGUGAGCUGAAAAAAGCGUCCAAUCCCGUGGAGGUUGGCAUCCAGGUUACGCCAGAGGAUGACGAUUGUUUAUCAACGUCAUCUAGAGGAAUUUGCCCUAAACAGGAACAUAUAGCAGGUAAAGACGAGCCCAGCAGCUACACGUGUACAACUUGUAAACAGCCUUUCAACAGCGCCUGGUUCCUCUUGCAGCACGCACAGAACACGCACGGCUUACGGAUCUACCUAGAAAGCGAGCACGGCAGCCCCCUGACGCCACGGGUUGGUAUCCCAACAGGACUAGGUGCAGAGUGCCCUUCCCAGCCACCUCUCCACGGGAUUCACAUUGCAGACAAUAACCCUUUUAACCUGCUCAGAAUACCCGGCUCGGUCUCGAGGGAGGCAUCAGGGCUGGGAGAAGGGCGUUUCCCACCCACGCCACCCCUCUUUAGCCCUCCCCCGAGGCACCAUUUGGAUCCGCAUCGCAUUGAGCGCCUGGGUGCGGAAGAAAUGGCUCUGGCCACCCAUCACCCUAGUGCCUUUGACAGGGUGCUGCGACUGAACCCCAUGGCGAUGGAGCCCCCCGCUAUGGAUUUCUCCCGGAGGCUGCGGGAGCUGGCCGGCAACACCUCCAGCCCGCCCUUGUCCCCAAACCGGCCCAGCCCUAUGCAAAGGUUGCUGCAGCCUUUCCAGCCUGGCAGCAAGCCCCCGUUCCUGGCCACGCCGCCCCUUCCUCCUCUGCAGUCUGCUCCUCCUCCCUCCCAGCCGCCCAUGAAGUCCAAGUCCUGUGAGUUCUGUGGGAAGACCUUCAAGUUUCAGAGUAACUUGGUGGUCCACCGCCGGAGCCACACUGGGGAGAAGCCCUACAAGUGCAACCUCUGUGAUCACGCCUGCACGCAGGCUAGCAAGCUGAAGCGCCACAUGAAGACCCACAUGCACAAGUCCUCCCCCAUGACGGUGAAGUCAGAUGAUGGGCUCUCCACUGCCAGCUCCCCGGAGCCAGGCACCAGUGACCUGGUGGGCAGCGCCAGCAGCGCCCUCAAGUCCGUGGUGGCCAAAUUCAAGAGUGAGAAUGACCCCAACAUGAUCCCUGAGAAUGGGGAUGAGGAAGAGGAGGAAGAGGAGGAGGAAGAGGAGGAGGAAGAGGAGGAAGAGGAAGAGGACUUGAACGAGAGUGACAGGCCGGACUAUGGCUUCGGGAUGAGCCUGGAAGCGGCUCGCCAUCAUGAGAACAACUCGCGGGCCGGCGAGGAGGGCCGGUCGAUGCCGGACGUCAUGCAGGGUAUGGUCCUGAGCUCCAUGCAGCACUUCAGCGAGGCCUUCCACCAGGUCCUGGGGGAGAAACACAAGCGGGGGCACCUCCCCGAGCCUGAGGUGCACAGGGACACUUGCGAUGAAGACUCGGUGGCCGGCGAGUCCGACCGCAUCGAUGAAGGGGCAGUCAAUGGCCGAGGCUGCUCCCCAGGGGAGUCCGCCUCGGGAGGCCUGUCCAAAAAGCUGCUGCUGGGUAGCCCCAGCUCCCUGAGCCCCUUCUCCAAACGCAUCAAGCUGGAGAAGGAGUUCGACCUGCCGGCCGCUGCCAUGCCCAACACCGAGAACGUUUACUCCCAGUGGCUGGCGGGCUACGCCGCCUCCCGGCAGCUGAAGGACCCAUUCCUCAGCUUCGGCGACUCCCGACAAUCGCCCUUCGCCUCCUCCUCUGAGCACUCCUCGGAGAACGGCAGCCUGCGCUUCUCCACGCCGCCGGGCGAGCUGGACGGAGGGAUCUCAGGCCGCAGCGGCACGGGAAGCGGAGGGAGCACCCCCCAUAUUAGUGGCCCGGGCCCUGGCAGGCCCAGCUCAAAAGAGGGCAGACGCAGCGACACUUGUGAGUACUGUGGGAAGGUCUUCAAGAACUGUAGUAAUCUCACCGUCCACAGACGGAGCCACACGGGCGAGAGGCCGUAUAAGUGUGAGCUUUGCAACUACGCCUGCGCCCAGAGUAGCAAGCUCACCCGGCAUAUGAAAACACACGGGCAGGUUCGGCGUACCCCCCCAGCUGGCGCAGCGCCCAGGGAGCCCCGGAUGUCUGGCAGUUUUCGGAUGGAAGUUCAAGAGCACUUAAAUUCUGAAAGGAGGUGAAACUGGGGCGAGCGGCCGGCGGCAUCUCGGCGUCCAGAGGUGGCCUCUGUCCUGCUGGUUUGCCAUGUCCCUGGGAGAGCCUGAGAAGUCACCCGCCGAAGGCAGAGCUCCCUGGGCUCCUCCUGCCUGCAAGACUAUCGUAUUUAUAUUUUGUAAUAGAGUACGACAAUUCUUUAUGGUUGUUUUUUGUUUGUUGUUUUGUUUUGUUUUUUUUAAUUUUGUUUUCUAAAAACAAGCAAAGCAAAGCAAACCUGCCCACCAAGGUCAAGGGCUUAUCGAUG